AGUCAAAAACCAUGUUUCUCCAUUUACAUAAAUGUCAGGUUCAGGGGCGGACUGACCAUUUGGAAACUCAGGCACUGCCCGAGGGCCUGGGGUCAGUAGGGGGCCCCAUGAGAUGCCCCUGGUACCUUUUUCAUAGGCUUUUUUGAGUUUGGGCAAGGACACAGGGGCCCCAUGAUCCUCUAUUGCCCAGGGGCCCCAUGAGUUGUCAGUCUGUCCCUGGUCAGUGCCCAUCAUUGUUGCAUAUCAGUGUCAGCUCAUCAGUGCCGCCUAUCAGUGCCCAUCAGUGCCUCCUAUCAGUGCCCAU